AGGAGGGAGCGGGGAAGGAGGGGAAGGAGGGCCCUGGGCCGGCGGGCGGCCAAUCGGGGCGGGCGCUGGCGGCGAGCAGGGCAGAAUGGGCUGCAGCGGGGAGCCCGCCGCGCAGGGCGCCCAGCGCCGCCGGUGUAAAUAAAGGCGCGGAGCCGGGGGGCGGCCGGAAAAGUUUGCUCAAGUCGCGGCUCCGCAGCCUCGGGCAGGGGGGGGCGCCGGGCCGGCCGCGCGGCGGAGCCCCCGAGGCGCUGCUGGACUUGGCGGCGCGGCGCCGAGGCGCUCUGCCUAUUGUUCGCGGGUUGUUUUUGUUGUGUGUUUUUUUUUUAUUUUUUUUUUCUCCUGAAAUAUGGCCAAGGUUCAGGUGAACAAUGUAGUGGUGCUGGACAACCCCUCUCCCUUCUACAACCCGUUCCAGUUCGAGAUCACGUUCGAGUGCAUCGAGGACCUGUCGGAAGACUUGGAAUGGAAAAUAAUUUACGUGGGUUCAGCUGAAAGUGAAGAGUAUGACCAAGUGUUAGACUCCGUUUUAGUAGGACCCGUUCCUGCAGGCAGACACAUGUUUGUAUUUCAGGCUGAUGCACCUAACCCAGGGCUUAUUCCAGAUGCAGAUGCAGUAGGCGUAACAGUUGUGCUAAUUACAUGCACUUACCGAGGUCAAGAAUUUAUUAGAGUCGGCUACUAUGUAAACAAUGAAUAUACUGAAACAGAACUGAGAGAGAAUCCACCAGUAAAGCCAGACUUUUCUAAGCUUCAAAGGAAUAUUUUGGCAUCUAAUCCCCGAGUCACAAGAUUCCACAUAAAUUGGGAGGACAACACUGAAAAACUGGAAGAUGCAGAGAGCAGUAACCCAAAUCUACAGUCCCUGCUUUCUACAGAUGCGUUACCUUCAGCAUCAAAGGGGUGGUCAACAUCAGAAAAUUCAUUAAAUGUUAUGUUAGAAUCUCAUAUGGACUGCAUGUGACUAACCACCAUCGUUUUGGUACUGUACAUGUGUUAAACUGUAAAAACAACCAGAACUAUUUCCCUCAAAUUCCAUAAGUACAUAGUUGACGAGCAAUGUGAAGAACUUGUUUUAAAACAUCCUGUAGAAAGUUUAUAAAGAAAAAACAGUAUUUGAGCAAAUUGUGGAAUAUAAAUACAACUAUUUUUAAGUAAUUGCUUUUUUCUCUAAUGUGUUAUUCUGUUUGGUCUAACCCAAACCUGAUUAAAGUAUACGUAUUCUUCCCCCUUCCCCCUUUACUUUGUUAGCACUGUUGAAAGCUAAAAAAUGGAAAGUUAAAAUAUUCAGGCAAAAUGAAGCAA